AUGUCCUACUACGACGACCGCCGCAGUACCACGAGGGACCGCAGACGCGACGAUGGUUACUACGACGAACCGACUGUUUACAACACGCGCGACAACCAGAGAUCGACUGCCAUGGUGAGGCGCCGAAGCGACGACUCGUACGAUGAGGAGAUCAAGAGAGAGUUUUCUCCUAAUGGUGGAUACUAUCGCGAAACCACUAUCCGCAAGAGUGGUAUCAGGCCUGCCGGCAGAGCACGAUCGUAUGAGCAGGAUCGCUAUGAUGACGAUCGCUCAUUUGCAAGCAGCAAACGAGACCCAUAUUACGCUGCAGCAGGACGUAGAGGCCACGACGACAAUCGCCGAAGUCGUUACCAGUCCGAGUACUCAUCCCGCAGUCCAUCUCCACGACCUAAGAAAGAGCGCAGAAAAUCAAUGCCAGAAGAAGCUCUUGAGGCAAUAGGGCUUGGAGGACUUGUCGCAACACUCACUGGCAAGAAGAACAGGUCACGUUCUCGCUCCAGCUCCAGUGGUCGAGGUUCACGUAGUCGACGCGGACGAUCUUCUUCGCCAGACCGUAGGAAAGAGCAGCUUCAGCAGGCGCUCAAGGCCGCAGUCCUUGCAGGUGCUGCCUCCGCCUGGCGUGCCAGACAUGAAGAUGGCGGCUGGAACGGCGAAAAGGGCAAGCGCGUCUUGACUGCUGCUCUGACCGCUGGAGGUGUGGAUGGAUUCAUCAAUCGAGACAAAGAUCCUGAGAAGCACCAACUCCGCGAUACGAUUGGAGCAGCUGUUGCUGGUGUUGCCACAGACAGACUCGUCAAUGGUCCCCGUUCAAGAUCAAGAGGUCGACGCGACGGGUCAUACAGUCCUGAAGGAGGCCGUAGUCGUUCUCGUUCCAAGAUCCGAGAUCUUGCGGCAGGAGGCGCUAUUGCAGCUGCAGCGAAGAAGAUGGCUGACUCUGUCCGGGGCCGCUCGAAAUCGCGAGGUCGGGAACGUAGCCGCGACUCCUAUGAUUCUUACGAUUCUCGUUCUCCGCCUCGCGCCAGAUCACGUAGUCGUUCAGUCAUUGCUCGCGGUCUGUCGAGGGUUGGUCUAGGGUCAGCAGCUGACAGAGUUGAUCCAGCUGGCGCUCGCGAACGCAGCCGUUCAAGAGGAGAUACUAGUCGUCGACGCUCUCGAAGCCGCGGUUACGAUCGGUAUGCCGACGAUAACUAUGUUGAUGGUCCACGAUCAGGAGGGUCGAUCUAUGACCCGCCCAACUACAACAAUCAACCUGGCUACAUAUAUGAAACUAAACCCCACCAUAAUGGUGAUCCUGAAACAGACUCAGACUCUGACUUGGGUUCCAGUACCGACGAUGAGCAAUUGAACAAUAAGAGCAGAAAGCGGCUACUGGUUUCCGGUGGCCUGGCGACAGUCGCGACUAUUCAUGCUGGUAAGAGUGUGCACGAUAGUAUGGAGAAGCGUCAGCGAAGAAAGCGAGCUCUUAAGGAAGGUACGAUCAGCAAAGAAGAAGCGCAACAACACAAGACUAGAGAUCACAUGCAAGAAGCAGCAAGUAUCGGCCUUGCAGCCUUGGGUCUAAAGGGAGCGUAUUCAGAAUGGAAAGAGGUGAAAGGACAGAUGGACGAAGAUAAAGAACAAAAGGAGAAAAAUAUACGCCACGCAAGAAAGAGAAGUGCGAGGAGGGCAAAGUACAGGAUGGUCGGUAUGGCAGAUGGUGACUUUACUAAUAGCGCACCGACCUUAAGUGAUCCAUUCUAUGGUGGGAAUGGUGAUGGACAAUAUCAUCCCGGCAACCAAGGACCAUACAUGAGUGGUGCUAAUGGUGGACCUUCGCCGUUAUCUGGAGGUUAUGGUGCCAGUAAUGUACCACACUACUUCGACGACAAUCCUUAUGGUUCGAUGGCUUACCAACAGGGUUAUCAGGGUAACACAUACGGCACAGGCACCGGGUUCCCACCACCUCCUAUGGGACAACCGCCGCCCCCACAAGGAAGGUAA